AUGGCUUCUACAAACACCUUUUCCGACUUCAAGUUGGCUUCUGAGCUACCAGCUUGGUCUAAACUACAGCAGAUUUACGACAACAAGAGCAAGACCUUGAACGUCAAAGAAGAAUUUGCCAAGGACAGUAAAAGAUUUGCUAAAUGGUCCAAAACCUUCAAGAACUACGAUGGAUCUGAAAUUUUGUUCGAUUUUUCCAAGAACUUGGUUGACGACGAAAUUCUGGCUGCUUUGUUGGAAUUGGCCCAACAGGCCAAGGUGACUGAAUUGAGAGAUGCCAUGUUCAAAGGUGAACACAUCAACUUCACCGAAGACCGUGCUGUUUACCACGUUGCCUUGAGAAACAGAGCCAACAAGCCCAUGUACGUGGACGGCACCAAUGUGGCCCCAGAAGUGGACUCUGUUUUGCAGCACAUGAAAGAAUUCUCCGAACAAGUGCGUUCUGGAGCCUGGAAGGGUUACACCGGAAAGAAAAUCACAGACGUGGUCAACAUCGGUAUCGGUGGCUCGGACCUAGGUCCUGUGAUGGUCACUGAGGCUUUGAAGCACUACGCUGGCGACAUCAAGGCCCACUUCGUGUCUAACAUUGACGGUACCCACAUCGCCGAGACUUUGAAGCUCUGCAACCCUGAAACAACCUUGUUUUUGAUCGCUUCCAAGACUUUCACCACUGCCGAAACCAUCACCAACGCCACCAGUGCCAAAAACUGGUUUUUGGAAAAAACCGGAGGCGACAAAGCCAACAUCGCUAAGCACUUUGCCGCGUUGUCGACCAACGCUCCUGAAGUGGCCAAAUUCGGUAUCGACACCAAAAACAUGUUUGGCUUCGACAGCUGGGUCGGUGGCCGUUACUCUGUGUGGUCUGCCAUCGGUCUCUCCGUGGCUUUGUACAUUGGUUUCGACAACUUUGACGCUUUCUUGAAGGGUGCCGAGGCCGUUGACAAGCACUUUGUCGAGACUCCACUUGAAGAAAACAUUCCACUAUUGGGUGGUUUGUUGUCGGUAUGGUACAACAACUUCUACGGUGCCCAAACCCAUUUGGUGUCUCCCUUCGACCAAUACUUGCACAGAUUCCCUGCCUACUUGCAGCAAUUGUCGAUGGAAUCCAACGGUAAGAGCGUUACUCGCGGAAACGUCUUUUCCAACUACUCCACGGGCUCCAUUCUUUUCGGUGAGCCAGCCACUAACGCCCAGCACUCGUUCUUCCAACUAGUCCACCAAGGUACCAAGAUCAUCCCAUCUGACUUCAUCUUGGCUGCUCAGUCUCACAACCCUAUCGAGAACAACUUGCACCAAAAAAUGUUGGCUUCCAACUUUUUCGCCCAGGCCGAAGCCCUAAUGGUCGGUAAGGACGAAGCCCAGGUCGAAUCCGAAGGUGCCAAGGGUGGUCUCGUUCCACACAAGGUCUUUUCUGGUAACAGACCAACCACUUCUAUCUUGGCUCAGAAGAUCACUCCUGCUGCUUUGGGUGCUUUGAUUGCUUACUACGAGCACUUGACAUUCACUGAAGGUGCUAUCUGGAACAUCAACUCCUUCGACCAGUGGGGUGUUGAGCUAGGUAAGGUCUUGGCCAAGGUCAUCGGUAAGGAACUUGAGGGUUCUGAAAAGAUUAACGACCAUGAUGCCUCCACCAACGGUCUAAUCAACCAAUUCAAGGCCUGGUUGUAA